AGCACUUAGUGACAUUGCCGGCCGGAAAUGACUUUAGAACUAUUUGCCAUUGUAAGUUCAGCCAAUUGUCAUUCACAGCUGAUUCAAACACCCACCAUCCCCAACCUUGUUUACGACCCGAGCUCACACCACAUUCAUGUAUUAUAAGCAUAACAGAGGCAAAUAUUAGGUCAAUCUGUUUCUCGUGGCCUCGCCUUGAUUGACCCAAAAUGCGUCGAGCAACUAUCCGGGCACUCGCCAUUCUGAUCUUUCUUGCCUUUCGAGUGGCGACUUCGGUGGAUGAGGGUACCAAGCAGUCGAUGAUUCAGUUCAUGGACAAAGUUUCUCCCGGGAGCGACCAAGGUUGGAGCUUGUCCACGGAUCCCUGCGCCGAUCAAUGGAAGGGCGUGGAAUGUGAGUCGCAAUCAGUGAAGAGGAUUGUUCUCGAGGAGCUUAACUUAUCGGGGACUCUCGAUGCCAGUCCUCUCUGCAGGGUACAGUCUCUCGCUGUUCUUAGCCUCAAGGGCAACAAUGUGGCAGGAGGGAUUCCGAAAGAAAUUGCAAACUGCAAGCAUUUGACACACUUGUACUUAGGCGGGAACCGGUUCUCGGGGCAACUCCCCGACGCCCUCUCGAGGUUAAAUAAUUUGAAGAGGCUCGAUGUAUCCGAUAACAACUUCUCCGGUCCAUUGCCGAAUCUUGCUCGGAUCUCGGGCAUGAUUACCUUCUUUGCUCAGAACAACAAUUUCACUGGAGAACUUCCCCAGUUCGACUUCGCCAACUUGGAGCAUUUCAAUGUCUCGGACAACAAUUUUACUGGUCAGAUUCCUGAUGGCGGAGGUCGUUUCCAGGAGAACAGCUUUCUGGGGAAUCUGGGAUUGUGCGGAAGUCCGCUGCCGAAUUCAUGUCCGGCCCCUCAACCAGCCAAGAAGAAACAAAAAGACGUAUCGCUCGAUAAGAUUUUUAUCUACUUAGGCUAUGUAAUUCUCGGCCUAAUCGUUGUGCUCUUCUUGGUCUACAAAAUAGCAAGAAGAUCCAAGAAAAAAGAAGAUGGGUUUGAUGGUGGUAAGAAUAGGAGAUCUGAUACUAGCAGCAGCAAGGCUAAUGGGGCGCUGAGCGAACCAAAGACAAGCGAGAACCGGUCCGAGUACUCGAUAACUUCAGUGGAGAGUGGCAUGACCACGUCCUCACUUGUGGUACUAUCGGAUGCUCCCGCGCUGAGGGAUUUGAAGUUCGAGGACUUGCUUAGAGCGCCGGCCGAACAGCUUGGAAGAGGAAAGCACGGAAGUCUCUACAAAGUCGUGCUCAGCAACGGCCUUGCUCUGGCCGUGAAGAGAAUCAAGGAUUUGGGGAUUCCUAGCGAGGACUUCAAGGGCAGGAUGCGGAAGAUGGAUCGAGCAAAGCAUCCUCACGUUCUGCCGCCUGUCGCGUUUUACUGCUCCAAGCAAGAGAAGCUCCUGGUGUAUGAGUAUAAACCAAACGGGAGUCUCUUCAAUCUUCUCCAUGGAAUGCAGAAUGCGCAAAUAUUUGAUUGGGGAAGCAGGCUAAGCGUUGCGGCCACUGUGGCGGAAGCUUUGGCCUUUAUGCACUCGGAGCUUCGUGAAGACGGGAUCGCUCACGGCAAUCUAAAGACCACGAACAUCUUGCUUGACAAAGACAUGGAUCCGUGCAUCAGCGAAUACGGCCUAAUGGUGGUGAAAACCCAAGACUACUCUCAAAUUCCCGAGAUAAGAAGCAGCGCUGCUUCACCUCACGACGCCUUCAAGGACGACGUGUACGGCCUCGGGCUAAUUCUUCUCGAGCUCCUGACAGGCAAGAUGGUCCAGAACAACGGGUAUGAUCUGGCCAAGUGGGUGCACUCCGUGGUUAGGGAGGAAUGGACCGGGGAAGUCUUUGAUGGCGUCCUGAUAUCCGAAGGCGCGGACGAGGAAAGGAUGGUGAGACUGUUGCAAGUAGGCCUCCAAUGCAUAAACCCUUCUCCCGCCGAAAGGCCAAGCUCGAGGCAAGCCGCGGCGCUGAUAAGCUCGAUCAAAGACGAAGAGGAGCGGUCCGUGUCGUCCGAUUCCUGAUGGGA